AUGGCAACCUGCAAACUCUGCUCGCAAGAAUUAAAAAUCGAGCUCGAUGACGACUCUUUCGACGAGGCUACCUCCUCUGCUGUUGGUGCUUCUCUCUCAGCUCCAGAUGAUCUCCUUUUGACUUGUGGCUGCCACUAUCAUUGGCAAUGUCUCCUCGACGAAUCGCCUCGGGUUGCAGAAUCGAUGGAAUGCCCAACAUGUGGAGCCUCUAUCGCCAACUCACCAUCUGGACAAUCAUCGUCUCUACAACGUCAAGUCCUCACAAGAUACCACAAUGAAGGCGGAAUACAAGAGAACCUUGAUAUCCUGCCUCUCAUUAUCGAAGAAGCUUAUCUUGACGCAAAUCCGGCAGCAAGACCCGCGCGAGCCUUACUGACGAUGUGUGGGGAAGGGGAUGUCACGGGUAUAGUGGAGCUGCUAAGAGCCAUCACCGAUGACCCCGAUGAAGAGGAUAUGUCUCCAGGAGAUCUCCUUCGGUAUCAGGAUCCGCUUGACGGCAUGAAGACUGGAUUGCAUGUAGCAGUUGAGAAGGCCCAACAAGAAGUGGUCUGGCUUAUGCUGUGGCUGGCUUCAAGCUUGCAAACAAAUAACUUCCCCGACGAGGUUAUCCAGGCUGCAGGAUCUCUGGAGGCGGCAAGAGAAACUGUUCCGGGACUAGAUAUUAGAAGCAUUCGCGACGAGCAGCAUCAAACACCGGAAGAUAUCGCUAGUGGUAUGGGGCCGCAAUGGGGUGCGUUACUUUUCACUGGGGCGUUGAAAGGCUGA